UGCGUCAAUGAGCUUGCCAUCGACCGCCUGGAGGCGGUUUUCAGUUGUGAUCGUUUUAGUGUUGAUGUUGAGUGUCAAUGUACUAUUUUUCCAAUACAACGAUGAGGUAAAAAAGCACAUCAGCGUGUGGAAUUUGAAAUUAGUUGGUAGUGUUAAGAGUAUCACCAUUAGAUCGCACAUUACACCACAACAUCUACCGGGACAUUUGGGUGAAUCGGUAAAAUGGGAUCAAUCUGAUCGAGAGAUCACCGGAUUUGUGGAAACAAGUAUCAAGCAAUACGGUUUCAAUGAGUAUGCAUCGUCGCUUAUACCAACGAAACGGGUCUUGCCCGACCUGCGACAUCCCGAAUGUGUUACUAAUGUGCAAAGCAAUCGCACCCUGCCAAAGACAUCCAUCGUGAUCGUGUUUUACAAUGAACCGUGGUCUGUUCUGCUACGAACGGUUCACUCUGUCUUGGACAACUCACCUUCAGAUCUUGUCGAGGAAGUGUUACUCGUUGACGACUGUUCUUAUCUACCUUUCCUGAAAACUGCACUAGAAGAAUACUUCAAAACGUAUAACAACGUUCGCAUUCUACGAGCUCCCGAGCGGCUGGGACUGAUCAACGCAAGAAUAUUCGGCUGUAAGCAUAGUACCUCUCCGGUAGUGACAUUUUUAGAUGCACAUGUUGAGUGUACGAAGGGAUGGUUGGAACCUUUGUUGGAGCAGAUCGCGGAGAAUGAGCAGACAAUCUCCGUUCCACUGAUCGAUCGUAUCGAUCAUCUCGAUAUGCAUCUUGUCACAAAUGUUUCUUCCGAUCUGUUUGGAGCUUUUGAGUGGGAUCUCAACUUCGGCUGGUGGCAUCGUUCCACCUUUCCCCGUCGGCAAAGUCUGCGGGCUAGCGAACCGUUCGAAGUGCCAGCAAUGGCUGGAGGGAUAUUUUCGAUUGCCAGACGUUUCUUUCAACGGCUCGGAUGGUACGACGACCAGUUUCGGGUGUAUGGAAUGGAAAAUGCGGAGCUGUCAAUCAAGUGCUGGUUGUGUGGGGGAAGGAUACUGACGGUGCCCUGCUCUCAUGUGGCACACAUCCGCAAAAGCGCCCAUCCGUUCAUUGACAACGGGCAUCAGAAUGUGACGUUUGUGAACUCGAUCCGUGUGGCGGAGGUUUGGAUGGAUGAGUACAAGCAGAUUGUGUUUGAUGUCAACGGCAUACCGGGCUAUUCGGAGGAUUUGUUUGGAUCCGUGUCGGAUCGUAAUAGAUUGCGAGCAAGUGCUGGUUGUAAAUCGUUUAAGUACUACUUGGAGCGAGCCUACCCAGAAAUGCCCUAUCCAAUUGUACCGGGACAGUUUCGUGGUGCGAUUCACAAUGCUGCACUGGGAAAUGAAACGUGCCUAACGGUGCGAACAUCAGCAACUUCAACGAUCGGUAUGAUGCCGUGUGAUAAGCGCAACCAAACACAGUACUGGGCGCACAACUUUUACCAAGAGCUCAACAGCUACAAGCGUUGUAUCGAUGCUGGAUCUUCAGGAACUGACGUUACUAUAGUUGCCUGCCAUCGGAUGCGUGGUGCUCAAUCGUGGAGCUACGACACAGAGCGGUUGCAAAUAAAAAGCCUCUCCCGAGAGCUGUGUCUUGCUGUUGAUCUGGCAUCUAACGAUGGUUUAGUGAAACUAGAACCAUGCGACGAGCGUAAACUCACACAACAGUGGUAUGUUACCUUGACAGAGUACCCGUUUUGGCAGCCAUAAACCGGAUACAAUCGGAAUAAAGAGAUGUUUCACAAGAGUUCAAUACAAAGAGA